AUGUCUCAUUGCUGUUUUUUUGAUUUAUUACCUGCAGAAUUAUUAUAUAUUUUAUUUAAUUAUUUUUCUGGACAUGAAAUUCUAAUAAGUUUCUAUGGUCUUAGUGGUUAUAUGAAUGCUAUUUUACGAUCUUAUUCUUCUUACAAACUUAAUUUUAAAUCAAUAUCAAGAUUUAAUUUUGAUCUUAUUUGUCGUAAUAUUCGAUCUGAACAAAUUAUUUCAUUAAUAUUAUGUGAUAGUGAUGAUACAUCUGGUCAAUCAGAAUUAUUUUUUUCUUAUUUUCAAAUUGAACAAUUUAUUCGACUUCAAUCACUUACUUUAAUUGAAAUUGAAUUUAAAUCAUUAGAAUUUAUUUUUUACAAUUUAUCAAAACUUAAACAAUUACGUUCAUUUUCAUUUGAUGCUUCUACAAUUAGACAUACAUAUGGACCAAUGAAUCUUAAUUUUGGAAAUAAACUUCAACAGAUAAAUUCAAUAUUAAUUCAUACUUAUGUUCAAAUAUUACCUCAAUUAAAGUUUUUAUAUUUAAAUGGUGGUUGGGUAUUAGAUUCGAUACCACUUUCGAAUCUUCAAUAUUAA